AUGGACGUAGCGCGUGCCCGAGCAGCUGCCGCUUUUAUCGCGAUUCAUCAUAUUAUUAAAAAAAGACCAAAGCGAAAAGUUCGUUGGUGGAUGAAGAAAUUGUAUUCUAAUCGAUUGCAGUAUGGUAGUGUGGUACGACUCAUAGAAGACAUGAGUUACGAAGCCAUUGACGGUACAAUAAAAAAUUUUACAAGAAUGAUUAUAGAGUUUGAGCAGUUAAAAUCAUUAAUUGAGCCACGUUUGAAAAAAAUGUAUACACAAUUCCUUUCAAUCUUCGGCACUAUACAAUUGAAUUAAAACGCGACACUUUUCGAUAUCCAAAGCGUCGGCCGUAUUUGCCAUGCGAGCGAAUUUUUAAAACAAACAACGCGUUGCAACUGCGCGCCCUUGACCGACAAAAUUUGUCUUGUACACCGCGGCAUGUUCGAGCGCGAAAAAUUUUGAUUCGGUUCCGCGCGGCAGUCGCGCCAAAUGGAUACCGGUUGCCGCGCGAGGCCAAUGUUCGAGGGUUUGCCGCGCGUAAUCGAUACUUAGAAGAUAAGACCAUAGUUUAUACCUUGAACAUAUUAACUAUAAACUAUGGUUAAUACCAAAUCUCUACCACAUUUUUGAUAAAUGAUAAUACGAAAUAGAGUUACAAGUAAAAAAUAGCCGUGGAAGUGGUAUACACUCGCGACUAUCUGCACAGUUUAUUUUAUUAGGCACCUAUGUUAUUUAAAUUUGUAGGUAUUUCGUGCCUAUUUAAUUGUCUACUGAAUUUUUUUUUUAUUUAUAUAAAUUCAAAUAUUCAUAAUUUGCAUAUAACGUGAUUAUCGUGAUCUUUUGUUUUGAGCUUUCUAAUAUGAAUCUUCAUUGUUUAACUUAGGACUAAAGUGGUUUGUUUUUAUUUGACUUUGUUAGACAAAACUUGUAGGUAGUUACCAUUCAGUUUAUCGAUAUAAAAAUUUAUUUACCAUUUGUAUGCAUUUAUUAUAGUAGGUGUGAAAAUCAUAGUAAAAAUGAUUGAAUAUUCCGAUCAAGAAUUCGAAAAGAAACUAAUGCUUCUGAAAGAUACUCAGGAUGCAAUUCAAACGUUAUCUACAUGGUGUCUAAAACGACAUGAAAAUCACAAAAGUAUAAUUACCAUUUGGUUGAAAGCUAUAAGAAAGGUGAAAAUUGAGAAACGUUUAACUUUGUUUUAUUUGGCCAAUGAUGUCAUACAAUAUAGUAAGAAAAAAAAUUACAAGUUUGUCGACGGAUGGGCUACUGCUAUUCAAAAAGCUAUACCUUAUGUAAGGUAAGUUUAAUUCUUAUAAGACGAUGUUGUUGUUACAAUAAUAGGUUUCCAACAUGGUCACCGUAUUAUAGUUUGUUGCUUUCAACAAUUUGUAUACAAUAGUUAAAUAUAUUAUGAGAUCAAACAGCAUGCCCAUAUUAUAACAAUGUUUAAAUAUAUUUAAAUAUGGAAGCUUACAAACGUCUUAUUAAAUUAGUUAACACAUUAACACAUUGAUACACAUUACUGCUAUAGUAGUUAAGGACUCGACUGUAAUUCUAGCAUCACUCAUGUAGCUAAAUAAAUUUUGUAGUUAGUAAAAAAUAUACAAAAAUCAUUUCUGGAAGCUUGAUAACGAUUUGCAUUGUAACGAUGUUACAAACAAAAUAAUAACAAUAACCCUGAACGGGAUAUAGUAGAUUUGAUAUUCCCUGUACCAGCAGGCUAUAAAUACUUGGACAUGUAUAUCAGUUUUCUAAAGGCUAAAAAAAUCUGAUGUAAAGGAUAAACUAAUUUAUUCUGAAAUCGGGUUUGACUAUUAACAUAUACAUAACUAUACCUAUGACAUAAGAGCACUCUGUUAACGUCCAGCAUUUAUUGCCCGAGAUGUAGAUAACAUACAAAAAGAUCAACAUUCAUAUAUUUAUGUAUAUAUAUAUAUAUAUAUAUAGUAUACGACGUGAAUUCUAAGACAACGUUUAAAGUAUUAUCUAUAUAACACAUUUUUAUUUAUCCAAUCUUUCACGGAACAUUUGAUUUGUAUUGAUUAUUUCAAACAAUUCUGCAAAAACAAAACAUACUUAAUAUGCAUAAAUAAUAAUAAUUUAGUAAUAUUUAUUACAAAUUUUCAGAGAUGACAAGAUUCAAUCUAAAAUUUUAAGAAUAAUUAAAAUCUGGGAAAUGCGUGGUGUUUAUGAUGACAAUUACUUAACUGAUCUAACUGGACUGUUAACUACACCAAUUCAAAAAUUAAAGUUAUCUGAUCCUGUACAAGAGUUUCAAGUAAAGUUUUAUUUUAAACUAGUUUAUUAUUUAGUAUUCUAGAACAUAAAUUAAUAUUUAGGAGAACAAUAAUAAAAAAUUAUGUUACCUACAUAUUUUAAAAUUAUAUAAGUUAUAUAAUAUAACUUAAAACUAUUGAUACAAAUUUAUAUUACUCAUUGAUAAGUAUGUACAAUCAAAGAUUAGAGUAAUACAUUUUACUUUAGGAUUUUAGGUACGUAAGUUAUUGUUGUUUUAAAUUGAUUUUAAGAUUUUAAAUAUAAUAAUUAUCUGAUAAUAUUUUUUAACCCAUUCAAAAAUAGUUUUGAAUAAUAUAACAUUUAGUAAGACUUUAUAAGUAUUGAAAAUUCUUAGAAUAACGGGACCAUAUAAAAUAUUUGUUGUAGUCAGGUUUUUAUUAUAAACUGGUUUAGUGUUUCUUAGUCAAAUUCAGGUACUGGCAAUUUUGUAUUUAAAUUAUCUAUAAUAAUUUUCAUUUAUUUAUAGCAUACCUAUAUACAAUACAUAAUUUUUUCUCAAAAAAUAAUUGAAUUAAUGUUUGCUUUAAUUUGAUCCAUAAUUAGUAUUUUCUUUGGUUUCACUGUAAAACUUUUUCCGUUAAAAUUUCAUUAGAAAGAAAUAUUACUAUUAUAGAUAGGUCAAACAACUUUAAAAUACCUAUAGUUUUGCAGUGACCUUAUCAUUUUGCCUGUUAAUGCAGGUCUCAUUGUAUAAUGUAUUAGAUUUAAAAACAUUAAAUAUGAAUUACAAUUUAACUAAUAAAUUUAUAUUAUGUGUAAAACUCAUAACCAUAUUAAAAAUAACUAAUUUUGGUUUUAAUUAAUGGUUGUAUAAAUAUUUUAUCGUUUUUAGAUAAAUGCAUUAGCUGUUAAAAUUCGUUCUUGUGUAAAACUGGAACAAAUCACUGAUUUGAAAAUGAAAACACUAAGAGAAGGUAAUUUACCUUUAACCAGUAGUGAAGCCAUACAAAACAUGUUAAAAGGUAAUAUUAUUUUAUAAUACCAGUCUUUCAUUUUUUAUUAUUAUUUUUUAAUUAUAAUGCAGUUCUUUAAAUAUUUCUUCAUAAAUAUAUUCUUUAAUGUAAAAAUUGAACCAAUUAUUUUUUCAGAUCGAACAAGGAGUCAUGAAUUUCUCAAUGAAUUAAAUGAUGGGAUGUUAAAAAUUGAAAGUUAUAUUAAGUGCCUCAAAAAAGAAACUGUUGAUCGUGCACAGUUAAUAGAUGCCUUAGAAGUUGCUACAUCAUAUUAUGAUGAACAAAAUGGAGAAGUUAAAACUGUUGCUCAAGUAUGUUAAAAAUACAUUUUUGUGUGUUAAUUUAAAAUUAAUUCGAUAAUUAACUGUAAUGUUUUAUGUCAGGCAUAUUUCAACUACACUAAACGAGUGAAACUCUUAAAAACUAAAUUAGAAUCAGUGGUUGGUUCUAUGCCCACAGACAGUCCUAUGCCUUCACCAGAUAUUAAUGCACCAUCACCUUCAACAUCUUCAGUCUCUAUUGAAGACUUAAAUAUGCAAAAUCUAAGUUAUAACGAUACAUCACACACUGAUAAAUAUAUGAUAAAGAGUUCGGAAAACGAUAACAAUGCUGCUGACAUUUAUAUACCGACUACAAUAGUAACUAAUAUUGUUAAACCAUUUGUUACAAGUGAACCAUACAAUACUGUUCAAGGUUAGUUAAUUUAAUCUUUUAGACUUAACUGUAUUGUUUUCAAAAUAUAUUAACAAUAACAAAAUAUUGUUAUUCAGAACUGUAUGAUCCAGCUUCUGUAAGUUUUCCAGCUGUAGAAAAUCAAGAUCAACAAGCAUUAACCAAUCAGUUUCCUUAUGAUGCACCAUCUCCACCUCCGGAUGAAUCCUUCAUGUAUUCAGAAUUUCCUAAUCAAACAGCUAUAUCAUACAACAAUGAAGUACACACCAUUUUUAUUUUUCAUUGAUAUUUUACAUUUAUGUUUGUUUUUAAAAUUAUUUAAAUUUUUCAGAUGGUUAACCUUGAUGAUAAAAGUAUUGCUUAUCCUGCAGAUAGCUAUGAAGCAUAUGUACCUACUCCAAUGUCUUCUAGUCAACAAUAUAUAACUUCUGAAGUGACUAAUAUGGUACCUCCAAUUGAUUCAUUGUCACAUAUAAAUGAAAAUAUUAUUCCAGUACCUCAUAUUCUACAAACAGGUAUUUUUAAUUCAUAUUUAUUUUAUUUUAUUCUAUCUUUAAAAUCCAUUCUAUUAUGUAAUAAUAUGUAUUCAAUAAACCACAUGAAACAUAAUUUUGUUAACAUAUUUAUCUUCAAAUUAUUAUAAUAGAUUGCAAUUAAUAAGACUUACAUUUUCAGGUUGGGAUGAAACUAUUCAUAAUAAUUGGUCAAAUAAUGACACACCAGCAUCACCGCCUUUCCAUGAGAAAAUCUCUUAUCAAAACACCGCUAUCAGUAAAAUGGAUGAGGGAUCCGGUUUAAGUCACUGUACUGUCACACCAAAAAUGUCAUGUCCAUCUCAUGAUAGAGAUGACCGAAUAAACUCACAAAAAAUGAUAUCUGAAACACCUGAUAUAGAUCAUAGAAAUUUAAUUAGUUUAACGCAAUCUCCUCAUAUGAAUUCUCCAGUGGUUUCUGCAGAUGUUGAUUACCGAGCAUUUCCUAGUAUUCCUAUGCCACCUUCACCGCCUAUUAUGCUUAUGGAAGUAGUCAAUAAGCCUCAAAAUGACAAUGUUGAAAGUGUUGAUAUGGAUUUAAGUGAUGAUGAUGAGAAGCCUAAAUCUAACCAUAGUAUAAAUACUUCCAUACACUUACCUCCUCCUCCUCCACCACCACCAAUUGCUUUUGACUUUAUUGAACAACAAGGCGCAUUAGAUAUUUCCAACUCAUGGGAACAAUCAUCCCAACAAUGGAAUAAUGAAGGAUCUAAUUUUAAUGACAGAUCAAGUUUACAUGAAAAUCAGUGGAGUUUAGAACAACACGAACGGUGGAAACCUAACCAGUGGGAACAAGAGCAAAGUGAUGUAAACUUUGUUCAUAAUCAACCUCCUCGUCAGUGGUCUCAACAUGACCCUAGAGUACAAGUAGUACAACCAACACCAGAUUUUAGACCAAAAUGGAAAAGAGAAAACAAUUGGUCAAGAGGCCCUAGAAAUCUCAUUCAAUAUUCUAGAUCCAAUGGAAGAUGGAAUCAAGGACCCCGUUUUGGACCGAGGAAUCAACCUUGGUAAGUGGAUUGUUUUAAGUUAGACUUAAGACUGAGAUGAACAAAAUGUAUAUUUUUGUAAUUUAAUUUGACUAAGCUUUGCUAUUGUUUAUAUUGUCAAGUAACUACACUGAGUUUCUUGAACCUUUUUAUUUCAUUAUUAUGUAUUAUAUGUAUUAUAAUAAUUCAAGAUUUGAUGUUAAUCAAAAAGUUUAUAGAGGACAUUUUAUUUGGAUUGACAUAUUAUGCAAUGUAUUAUACCUAUCAACAAUUAUUUUACCAUGAUUCUCAUUAGACAUUAUUUCAUUUUUUAAGACAGAAUAAAUUAGUAUUUGAAUCAAAAUUGAAUAUUUUAUUCAUUUAGUUAUAAAAUAUAUUAAUAAAAAGAAUAAUCUUAUAUAGUUUUAAAAAAAUAUAUUUUAUAUCCACUUCAAAUCUGCAGUUUGUGUAUAAAGCAAUAUUUUGUUUAGUAUUGUUAUUCAAAACAAUUUUAAAUUGUACAUUUCAGUUAAAUGUAUGUAUGUAUGCAUAUGAGUAUUUGGUUUGUCUGGUAUUUUUAUAGAGGAUAUUUUGUAGUAUGUAUUUAAUAAAUCAAAAUACUCAUAGCUUAGUUAUUUUUAAAAUACAACAUAUUUUCUAUUGCAAAUUGUUAUAAAACUUUUAAAAAAAAUUUGUUCCAGAAACUUCAUUUUGAUGGGAAGGAGGUAAACUUUUGUAAUAGUUUAGUAUUACUAUAUAGGUUUUCUGGAAUUCAACUUUCAAAAGUAUACAUUUUUUAGCAAAAUACAGGUCUGGAGAGCUCUCUGAGUACCACCACUGAUUUUAUGUCAUAAGGAGAGAGGAAUUAAAAGCACUAAAGAACUAGGAAUAGGGUAGCGCCAACCUCAAAUAGUUGGGAUAAUAGGGAAGAAUUAUUAUUUCAUUAAUUAUAUUAAUUCAUUAUUACAGUACAGUCCAGAUAAAUUGGUAGUGUUAGUAUACAUUUUUAUAGAUAUAAUUAAAGAGCUUGCUGCUAUAAUGGCUGUAUAAUUCUAAUGGGAUUUUAAACAUAAAAAUUAACAAAAUAUCUACAAGGGCAAUAUUAAUAACUAGAUAAUUCUAGAUUUUAUUAUUUGUUUAUAUUUCCUUUAUUAUCUUAAAAAUACAACAUCUAUAAGUGUUUAAUUAUUAAUUUUACCUUAAACAUACAAAUUGUAUUUUUGGACAUGACUUUUAAAUUCUUAUUGUUUAGUUAGUGGCCUUUUUUUACUAGUAAAAACCAGUUAUAUGUUAUUAAAAAAUUAAUAUUUAACUAAAUGAAUAUGAUUUCCUAGGUAAAGUUGUGUUCUUUAAUUUUCAGUAUAAUGCUAUUUUAUCCUAAAUCAUACAUAUUUUAUGAUAAUAUAUUUGUUCAAUGGAAGAUUUGUUCAUACAUUUAUUGACAUCCUAUUAAUGGUUGAAUUAGAAAAAAUAAAUGUUCUGGAAUUUUCGAAUUUAUAGGUAACUGAAGUUAUUUAAACAGCAAUACACAUAAAAAGUAUUUUUUAAUUGAAUUUAGAGAUAUUUUUUAUAGAUAUAAUACAAUAUUUAAAUGAUUCAUGGUUUAAAUAAAUAAUUAUAAAUUGGAUUCAAUCAGGGUAUAUAGAAAUUAGAAUAAGAUUGAUUUUGGCAGAAUCGAGAUUAUCUUAAUUAUUAAUCUUAUCACUUAACUAACUUUAAUUUCCAAAUUGAUGUAAUUGAUACCUAUCUAAAUUUGAUUGAUGACCAUAUAAAUUACAUUUAUAAAAUAUAUAAUAUUAGAUAUAUUUAUUUAUUUACAGUAUUAAUACUGAACGUAUUUGAAAGAACAAACUGAUUUAUAUAUUUAUUCUGUUAUGUAGUUAAUAUUAUUAUUAUUCUACUAAUAAUGUAUUAAAUUAUAUUAUUAUAAUUUAAGAUUUUAUAUUUUUCUAGUAACUAAUAUUAAAUAAUUCUGAAAUAUUUAUUGAUAGUUCAAUAGACAUUAUGCUAAGAUAAUCUAUGUGCAAUUUGAAUUGUUAGUGUACCACAAACUUGUAUGUAAGUUUUUAAGUAAAUAUCCGUGAAAUUAAUUACUAUUGUAAAGUGCAUAAUAUUAUAUAUUUUUUUAUAUUCAAACAUUAACAUUUGGAUUCUCUCACACUAUUAGUUCCAACUUAUCUGGUGCGGACAGAUGAAUUAUGUACCUACCUACUAUCUGCAUAUGUUUAUUAAAUAUAAAAAUAUUUAUUUGUAAAUUAUUGAUAUUAGUUUAUGUUAUUAAAACAAUAAUUACAUUUGUUUAAUAUGUUUUAAUGUUAUGUACUAUAUACAGACUGUCCCACAGUAUUUGUCUGUUUAAAAUUGGCACAAAUAUCUAUAGUUGUUAGUUUAGACAUUUGUGAAAAUUUAUUAGUGAGUAUUAAAAUUAUUCCCAAAACGUCUAAAAAAUAUAUAGGUAGGUUAAAAAUUUCAAAUAAUUAUAUAGCUUAAAGUGUUAUAAUAUUAUUAGAAUCAUUCUUACAAUGGCUCGUGAAUUUUAUGUUAACGCUAACCAUCAGCUACCAGAGAAAAUUGUUUGCUGGUUAAUGGAAAAAAUAAUCGACUGUCAAUGCUAACAAACACUUUACAGGACAUUGUAAGAACAGCCCUAAAUGGUAACAAUAACUACUAAUUUUUAUUUUUAAUGAUUUAUUAGUUACCUAGUUAAUAUUUCUUUACUCUAAGUAUCUGUAUAUAUAUAUAUAUUUGUAACCUGAUGAAGGACCAAGAUCGAAACUAGCAGUUACCUACCAUUUAAUUUUAUAAUACUCUAGGCUAUAUUAUAAUUAUAAUCUAAUUUCAUUUCAUUGUAAAUGUAUUAUUAUUAUUAAUAAAUAUGUUUUUAUUUGAACUAUGUACUUAUGUACUCUAAAAAUGAUUCACUCUUUAAGUAAAAGAUCUAACAUUGCAUUUUCUUUAACCUGCAUAUCUAACAGCUAACAUUGACCAUAAAUUAAAAAACAUAACAAUACACAAUACAAUAUAUGUUAAAUUGAAACAUUUAUUUUAUUAUACGAAAGUUUAUUUUUAUAUUAUCAUGUAUUUGUAUCAUUUUUAAAAUUUCAAAAAAAUGUUGUAUCAUUUUUAAAAUUUCAAAAAAAUGUUGCUAACAAUCUACUUACUAAACAAAAUUAUAAUUUAUGCUUUUAUUGUUUACCAUUUACCCAGUGGACAUUGAUACUCGAAAAAAGAUGCAAUAUUAUAUACUUAUUUGAAUAAGUACAGUUGUUUAAUAUUUAUAUUGGAUUCAUUUUCCUUUAAAUUUUAUUAUACCGCCAGAUCGCGCUAAGUGUACUCUUUUUUAAAAAAUGUGUUAGGUAUCUGCUUAUUUAAUUAUUUGCGUUAUGUUAGCGGGGGAAUGAAACAUGAGAGGAAACUAUACAUGCUUUUGUUAUCUGUCCUUUAAGCGCAUGAUGGAAAAUUUGCAUUCAGCAUUAGCAGAACCAAUUUUAUGCUUUUAAUUUUAAUAUUAGAAUAGUGAAAACAUCAUUGUGUUUGUACAUUAAUUUUUCUGGUAUUUUAAUAUUUAAGUGAAAUAUGAUCACAAUUUAAAAAUCCUUAUAUGUUGCUUAAAAAAUAAGGUGUGAACACAAAUAAUGUUCUUACCUUUAGUUUGAUAAUAUUUCAAAUUGCCUUAAUAAUAAGACUGUUGCCCAAAAUUGGUUCUGCUGAAUUCAAAUUUGAUAUGAGUGUACUUGUUAAACAGAGCCAGUAAAUGCAUGUUUUGUGUCCUCUUGAUAUAUUAUCAUUAAAAAAUAUCACUUUUCAGAAUUUUGAUUGCUUAUAAAGUUACGACUUGUAUAAACAAAAAGAAUAAAUGUGCCUACUAUAACUUGUUAUCUACUGAACAAUAAUUUAAUUAGUUAUCCUUUCUAAACUAAAAUGUACAAUAUAAUAUUAUAUUUGUAUCAAUAGAUGAGUUUGUACGCCUAAUACUAAUAUAAACAAAAUACCACAACCUAACUAGUUAUUGUAAAUUCUAAAUUUUCUUAAUGUAUUAUUAUUUUAUAUUAAUUUUCAGUACUUCAGUGACUUAACACUGUGCAUGUACAAUAAUAUUAUACUAAUUAUUUAUUUCAGUUUGUAUUCAUAAUGUUUUAUCUAAUAAUAUUGUUUUCAUUAUUGUGAAAUACCAACCUACUUGUUACGUAGCUAAUCACUUCUAUAUUUUUGUCAGAGACUUUGGAUUUUGAUUCGAACGGUCUUGGUGAUCGAAAAUGAGAUUAUUCAUUCAUAAUAAUGUUAUUUAUAUUGGCUGUAGGUUGAAUUAUUUUAUUUUUUAAUAAUAUUAUGUAGAUAGCUAUUACAUAUUAAUAUAUUAUUUUAAAAAUUGUAAUAAACUAAUAACUAAUAAGAUUAUAUUGUAACUAAUUACAAAUUACCUAUACGAAGAGACUGAUUUAACUACAGGUAUACGAAUACCAGAAUACUGAAUUUGAUGGCUAUUUCACUUUUUUUAAAAUACUAAUUUAGAUGUAUUAUAUCCAGUACAAAUAGUGUUACAGUACAGUAAUUUUAAAAUUGAUUAUUUUUUAAAAGCAAAUCAAAUUCUCAGAUGAUGUUAAUUAUAUAUAUUAUUACUAUUAUAUUAUUGAAUUUAUUUGUAAAAUUUUCUAAUAUACCAAAUCAUUAUUCGUUCUUAGUUCUAUUUUUUUAUCAACAUUUUAUAAUAAAUUUAUAUUUUCCAUUAAAUUAUUUACAUACAUGUUUAAAAUAAAUGUUUGAUUUGGUUUUGUUUCAGAAAAUGAAGAAAAUGAUAAUUUAUAACAUUGUAUUUUUAAGUUUUUUGUAUAUAAUAUAUUUAUAUAAUAAAUGCAUACACUACACAAUAUUUUUUAUCAUAUAACAUUUUUGCAGAUAUCAGCAUAUUUUCUUAUUUUUCAAUUAUAUAAAUCUCAACCCUACUGAUAACAUAUUAUUAAAUUACGUAAUUGUACAUAAAAUUGAUAAAAAAUAUUGUAUGGUAUAAAAGUAUCUACUAAAAAUAAAUAUAUGUUUAGUUUUUAUGUUGUAAUAAUAAUAAUAAUAAUUUAUUUAAUUUUCAUUCAUAACAUACAUACAUAAUUAAAAAUUCCAAAAAAAUUUUGAAUGUCUCCAAAAGCAUGUCUCUUGUGUAGAGUAAGCAUCACAACAAAAACAAUACAGUACAUUUUUAAUUAAUAAUUUGUUUUAAAAUAAAUGUACAUAUACUAUAUUGUGUAAAAUAAAUUAUAUUAUUUGUGUAUAAGAUAUUUGUAUAUCUCCUUUAAUAUUGAAACAUGAAUUUAUUUAUUUCUGUACCUAUUUAGGUAAUCUUCUAUUUAUUUAUUUUUUGAAUACUGUAAUAUGAUUUAAUUUUGCUCUUCAUAGUUUUACUGUAUAUAAGUGUAACAAACUAUAUUUAAAUAAUAGUCUCUGUGUGCCUAUAAUUGAUUUAGUCUUUAAAAUUUAGAAAUUGUUAAGUUUGUUAGCAUUGGUUAUCUGUUCAUUCAAAUUUUUGAAUUAAUUUGAGUUUUCCUAGUAUUAAAGUCAUUAUUUUUAUUUUUCACGCGUAUGUAUCAUACGUACUCAUAUGUACUCAUAUAUCAUUAUUUAAUGAAUUCAGUUUAAAUAUUUUCAAGAUGGCACAAUACAAUAAUAUUUUAUGCAUGCUUAUAAACUCAUUAGUUUCAAUUUAUAUAUUUCCUGAAGUAUUUGAACUCAUUAUUUAUUUAAAAUACGUAAAUUAUUAAUAUUAUAUAUUUACAAAAAUAUUGCAUUUUUCAUCUAGUUUUUUAUUUUCAAUGAUUAUUGUCUUUUAUUUUUUAACUGUUUUAUUCAUAAAAAAAUUAUCAACUAUAAUAUUAUCAUUAUUAUUUUUUUAAUCAAAAUUUAAUAUACACUGAUAUUUUAAAGACACAUACCCUGGACUUAAAUGUUUAUAUUUUACUAUUAAUACUAAACACAUAUUCUAAAAAAAAAUUCAACAUGUAAAUAUAAGUGUAUAUGGUGAUUUUCUCCUUCUAAUUCUGCCAUGUAUUCUCUAAGUAAUUUAACCAAAUCUUGACAAUCCAAAAUUUAUAAUUAACAAUAUGUAAAAUAAAAAUAUUUUUUUAAAUUUAUAUUAUAAAAAAAAAUCAAGUGUGCCAAUUCAAUUUUGAAUGAAAGUAUAAGUUUAUUCAUUUUUAUUUAAAACAAACAUACAGUAAUAUGAAAAUUAAACAAAAGACCAACAAUCUUGAAUAAUCCAUUCAUAUAAUACCAUUUCAAGUAUUUAUCAUUUAUCACAUUUACCUAAUAACCACAUUUAAACUGUAUUAUUAACUAAAUUUUUAUUUUAAGCAUAAUUUCACAUGAAAAAUGUAAUACAUAUUUACAUUAUACAGGACGUGUUCCACGAUAAUUUUUAAUUAUGUAGUAAAAACUAAUUUCCCUCCCACAAUUCAAAAUAGAUAUAUAAAGUUCUUGUUUAACAUAUGGUACUCAUAUAUAUUAAUCAUAGACAUUAAAAAACAAUAGCCUAAUUAAUAAUUAUUUAUUUGUUUUCCAGAAAACCAUCAAGAAUACCAAUCAGAAUUCUUACAAAACGGAAUCUCAAUUGUUUGUCUUUAA